AUGAGCGCCCAGAGCAAGCGGAGUUCCUCCACCGAGGCGGAGGCUGCCAUCAGCCGCCUGAUCAACCUAAACUUGCAGGCCUCGUGCACCUACCUCUCCCUGAGCUAUUACUUUGAAGGCGACAAGGUGGCUCUGGGGGGCGUGGGCCGCUUCUUCCGGGAGCUGGCUGAGGAGAAGCGCGAGGGCUCCCAGCUCCUCUGGAAGAUGCAGCAGCAGUGGGGCAGCCGCGCCCCGGCCCAGGACGGGCAGAAGCUGUCGCCGGACGAGUGGAGCACCAUAGUGGAAGCCGUGGAGGCUGCCAUGGCCCUGGAGAAGAGCCUGAACCAGGCCUUCUUGGAUCUCCAUGCCCUGGGUUCUGCGAGCGCGGACGCCCAGCUCUGCGAGUUCCUGGAGAGCCACUUCCUGGAGGUGGAGAGGAAGAUCCUCAAGAAGAUGGGCGACCACCUGACCAACCUGCGCAAGCUGGCCGGGCCGCAGGCCGGGCCCCUGGCUGAGCAGGGCAUCCCUUCGAAAGGCUCUUCUGCCAGCGCGACUAGGAGCCUCGCGGCAGCCCCGGAGAGACGCCUUUGCCUCCUCCAGUGA